UGAUGCCCGAUUUGGGUAUAUAUAAACUCGGGCAGGUAGCUGAUCACCUCACACUGGUGGGAACAACCAGCCAGUGCGCCCACGAUGAAGACAGCCGUUGUGUUUGUCGCCCUUCUGGGCCUGACCGUAGGUGCCAAGCUCGAUGGCCUCCAGCACCUGGAUGGGCAGCACCAUCACCACCACCACCACGACGAUGCCCACCAUGCCGACGGCGGCGCCUCCAACCAGAGGAUCAACGUGCAAGUCGACGACUUCCGCCACUCCGAAUUCAACGCGGGAAACCUUAACAACGAAGCGGCAGUAACUGGAUCAUACUCAUGGACUGCACCAAAUGGCCAGACGUUCACCGUUGACUACGUUGCGGACGAGAGAGGAUUCAGACCAGUGAUUCGACGUGGAGAAUUCUCAUCUUCCAGUUUUACCAGUGGGUCUAGUGGCAGCGGAUCAUCAAGCUUUUCUGCCUCUCGUGGAACCGGAAGUGGCUCUAGUGGCAGCGGAUCAUCAAGCUUUUCUGCCUCUCGUGGAACUGGAAGUGGCUCUUCAAGCUUGACGUCAUCCGCAGGAGGAAACCGUGGAUCAGCAGCGAUCAAUACUGGUGCCCGCCCUGGAUCAGGAGCUUCUUUCUCAAUCUCAUCAAGUGGAAAUUCUAAUUCUGGAUCAUCAUUUUCAGCUGGAACUGGAUCAAACACUAUCUCACCAUCAUUCUCAUCUAACACUAUUUCUGGUUCUGGGUCUGGAUCAUCAUCAUUUUCCUCUCAGGCUUCCAAGGGACAAUUUGAUGUUUCAUCAAGUACACUAGGAGGUCCUGCUAUUACAAGCGGUUCAAAUGAAUUCUCCUCCAACUUAAUAACUGGAACUACAUCACAAGGUCAGUCCUAUGGCUAUGUGCCCCCUGCACCAGCACCAGGCUCACCAAGCUUCUCAUCUGGAUCAGUAUCAGGUCUUUCCCCUCCUAGUUCAUCUGUAAGUCAAGGCACCCAGGGAGCAUCAUUUGUCUCAAGUGGUGUAUCCCAGUCAUCAAGAAUCAGUUCUACUGGUUCCAGUAUCAGCUCAGGAUCAGGAUCAAGACUAGGAGCUCAAGGAGGAUCUGGGGAAAGUGUAGCUGUAAUCUUGGCAGGAAAUAACAUUCCAGAUGGUGUAACAAAAGGCCAAGCACCUUUCCAAAUUGCUGCAGGAAUAACAGGAACUGGUGCCUCAGGAGCUUCCACUGGAUUUACUUCAAAUGCACAAGGUUCCACCUCAUCCUUUGGUUCAUUUGACUCAACUCAGUCAUUCAAUUCUGGUUCUGUAUCAUCUAAUCUAGGCACCAGUUCUGGUCAAGGUUCACAAGGAAUUUCUGGAGAUACUGUUGCAGUAAUUUCUGUAGGACAAGGAACACCAUCAUCAUCAGGGUCAACUUUCACAGGAUCAUCCCGCCCUUCAACAGGAGCAACUAGCAGCAUUUCUGGCACUGGAGCAGUUUCUAGCUCUCAAUUCACAAGUCAGACUGGAAGUUCAACAGGGCCAAGGCCUGUUUCAAGUUCUACAGUAUUUGGAACAAGCACUGGAUCAUCAAGUGGAUCUGCUCAACAAGGAGAGGGUGUUGCUGUAAUUCUGGCUGGUCAAAGUGGUUCUACUGGACUGACAAGUGGGCAAGCUCAAUUCCAAACAACUAGUGCCAAUAGAGGGGCUGCUGGACUCUCAAAUACAGCAGGUACUCAAAGCUCUACUUUCACAUCAGGAACAUCUACAUUUAGUUCUGGAACCAGCUCUGGUUCUGGAGCUGGAACUGGAUUUGCAGCAGGUUCUGGAGCUGGAACUGGAUUUGCAGCAGGUUCUGGAGCUGGAACUGGAUUUGCAGCAGGUUCUGGAGCUGGAACUGGAUUUGCAGCAGGUUCUGGAGCUGGAACUGGAUUUACAGCAGGUUCUGGUACUGGAACAAUUGUAGGAGCUGGAAUUUCUGGUUCAAGAGGCUCUGUUGGAACAACACAAACAACAAUCUCAUCAACAAGACCUGGAUCUAGCUUUUCUACUGGAACUACAAGACCUAUUACUUCUGGAAUCUCCUCUGGAACAUCAUCAGGAAUUUCCAGUUCAACAGGUUCAAGAUUCUCAGUAAGUUCAUCAGGCUCUAGUUCAACUGGUCAGCAAGGAGAAAGCGUAGCUGUGAUUUUAGCUGGACAGGGCAUUCCAGCUGGUGUCACACGAGGCCAAGCCCCAUUCCAGGUAACUACUUCUAACAUCAGAGGAACUGGUUCUUCAGGUACUGCUGGUAUUUCUGGCAUUUCCUCUGGUUUUGGUACUUCCAGUGGAGCUACUCUCUCUAAUGUUGGAACUGGAGCUGGAGUCAGUUCUGGAAUUUCUUCUGGCUUUGGAAGUAAUGUUGGUGCUACCAGUGGAGCAUCAGGAAUUUCAAAUACAGGUACUCAAAGCUCUACUUUCACGUCAGGAACAUCUACUUUUAGUUCAGGAAUCAGCUCUGGUUCUGGAACUGGAUUCACAGGAGGUUCUGGUGCUGGAGCAGCUACAGGAGCUGGAAUUUCUGGAAUUUCUUCAACAGGAUCUGGAUCUGGCUUUUCUACUGGAACUACGAGACCUAUUACUUCUGGAAUUUCCUCUGGAACAUCAUCAGGAAUUUCCAGUUCAACAGGUUCAAGAUUCUCAGUAAGUUCAUCAGGCUCUAGUUCAACUGGUCAGCAAGGAGAAAGCGUAGCUGUGCUUUUAGCUGGACAAGGCAUUCCAGCUGGUGUCACACGUGGUCAAGCUCCAUUCCAGGUAACUACUUCUAUCAGAGGAACUGGUUCUUCAGGUACUGCUGGUAUUUCUGGCAUUUCCUCCGGCUUUGGAAGCAGUUCUGGUACAACCAGUGGUGCUACACUCUCUAACACUGGAACCGGAUCUGGCAUUUCCUCUGGUUUUGGAAGCAGCACUGGUACUACCAGUGGAGCUUUCUCUACCACUGGAACUGGAGCUGGUGUCAGUUCUGGCAUUUCCUCUGGUUUUGGAAGCAGCACUGGUACUACCAGUGGAGCUACAUUCUCUACCACUGGAACUGGAGUCAGUUCUGGUAUUUCUUCUGGUUUUGGAAGCAGUUCUGGUACAACCAGUGGUGCUACACUCUCUAGCACUGGAACUGGAGCUGGUAUCAGUUCUGGCUUUGGAACCAGCACUGGAACUGGAGCUGGUGUCAGUUCUGGCUUUGGAACCAGCACUGGAACUGGAGCUGGUGUCAGUUCUGGCUUUGGAACCAGCACUGGUACUACCAGUGGAGCUACAUUCUCUACCACUGGAACUAGAGGUGGUGCUGGAACAGGUACAUCAGGAACUGGAGUUUCUGGAGUUGGAUCUUUUGAUUCUAACACAGGUUCAAGAUUUUCAACAAGUACAUCAAACUUUGGCUCUUCAGGUCAACAAGGUGAAAGCGUAGCUGUAAUAUUAGGUGGCCAAGGUGUUUCCUCAGGUGUGGCACAAGGUCAAGCCCAGUUAACAGGUGCCAGUAUCAGAGGCACUGGUUCAUCAAGCAGCACUGGUAUACAAGGGUCUAGAAUUUCUUCUGGUUCUGUUAGUGGCUCAGGGUCUACCACAGGAUUCAGUGCUGGUGCAGGGACAACUACUGGAGCACAGUUAGGAACAGCAACAUUUGAUUCUAACACAAGAGGAUCCUCAGGAAACGUUGGGUCAAGACAAACUAUUGUAUCAUCUUCAGUAAGCUCAGGCACUGGAUUUUCUUCUGGUGGUGCAAGACCAAUCAGUACAGGCGUCUCUGCUGGAGGCUCUUCUCUUUCAACAGGAUCUAGGGGUGAUAAUGUGGAAAAUGUAGCUGUAAUUUUGGCAGACACAGGCAUUCCAGCUGGUGUAACUCGUGGUCAAGCCGCAUUCCAAAUAACUGGAAGCACCACUGGAGGAUCUGGAAGUCAAGGUUCAACUGUUUCUUCAGGAAUUGGAAGCAGUACCAGUUCUGGUUCUGCAUUCACUGGAACUUCUGGAAUUAGAGCUAGCACAGGGGCAAGUGGAGGGUCAAGAAUUUCUGGUAGCAAUGCAGGAUUUUCCACGGGAACAGUUGGAUCUAGACAAACUUCAGUAUCCUCCAAUGUAGGUUCUGCACCAGUAACCACUGUUGGAACUGGAAGGCCAAGUAGUGCAACAUUCUCCUCUGGUAUAUCUUCAGGAUCAUCUGGCACCACAGGCUCUAGAUUUUCAAGUGUCUCAUCAAGCUCUAGUUCAACAGGUCAAUCAGGUGAAAGUGUAGCAGUAAUCUUAGCUGGACAAGGUGUUCCCUCAGGUGUGAGAAGAGGCCAAGCUCCAUUCCAAGUCGCUAAUGCUGCUGUAAGAGGAACAAGCUCUACAGGCCAAGCUGGAGGUUCAAGGUCCUCCUCCAGCUCAACUAGUUCAUUUUCCUCUUCUGGUACAUCUCGCCUGACUGGUACUGGAAUUUCUGGAACUGGAUUCACCUCUGGCACUCCCAGUGCUGGAAUCACCUCAGGUUCCAUUUCUGGCACUGGUUCAACAUCAAGCGGUGGUUUGUCAUCUGGAUUUACUUCAGGCACAAAAUUCACUACUAGUUCCGCCACUGGAUCAGGAUUUAAUUCAGACUUCAACAGAGGUGCCGGAGGUGAUUCAAGUUUCUUGGGAAAUACAAUAACUUCAGGGCCCAUCACUAGUUCACAAGGCAACACGAUUGAAUCAUCUCGAUUCACAAGCACAAGCUCUUCUUCUGGACAACCUGGUGAAGGAGUUGCUGUGAUCCUUGCAGGACAAAGUGCAUCCAGUGGAUCUAACAGAGGUCAAACUUCCUUGAAGGCCACAGAAAUACGCACUGGAAGUGGCACAUCAGGAAGCAUUGGAUCUGGUGUAUCUGGCAUCAGAGGUUCCGCUGGUGUGGGAACUGGAUCAUCUGGAAGCCUAAGCAGUUCCCAACUGACUUCUGGGGCAAAUCGUUCCAGCAGUUCAUCAGGAUCUUCAAGCUCAAGAUUCUCAUCUACAUCAACCAUAUCAAGAGGUAGCUCAGGCAUCCGCACUGGUGGUGCAGCAAACAGAGCAUCCUCUGGAGCAACAUUCACAUCGGGAUCCACUGGCACAGGACGACCAUCUGGCGCAACAGUGUCAGGUUCAAGGCUUACAUCAAGAGGUAACAAUCGUGGUAAUAUUCCAGAUGUCCAAAGUGUUGCCGUUCUUCUUGCCAAACCUGGCCAACUAUAAACAUAUGAUUGCAAUAAAAAGCAUCAAGAUGUGCUGAUUUAGUAUGAGUGUAAAAAGCAGUAUUCCAAGAUAGACAAGUACAAAGUGCUGAUGUACUCUCUAGAGGAGAAAUGUGUAUCUUAUAUGUUCCUAGGUUCAUUGUUAUAUGUAUACUAACUAAUGCAAUAGAUGUUAGUGAAUUAUUGAAUUUCUUUUUUUUUUAAGUUUUUGCGCAGUUGUUUAUGUAAAUAAAAGUCAAAAUCGU